AUGGUGAUCAUCGAUUUGGGAGAAUCUGGAAAGUUGAGAUCAUAUCUCUACCCCUGCAUAUCAUCACCCUGACACUAAUAAAACAAGCUCCCAACUACCCCAACUUCAAGACGUCACUUGACUUAUACCAAACAAGCACUCACUCACUCACUUACCCAGCUCACCCAACUCACUCAGUUCAACUCACCUCACACCAAAAACAUAUCAAUCAUCAAAAUGUCCCUCACACUAGAACAAGAAAUGGUCCAUCUCGCACCAGAGCAACACGUCCGCGCAAUCCUCCUCGCCCUUCUCGACGACCGCUCCGUCAAAGCCCGCGCCCUAAACCACUACCGCGCCCUCAAAGCCGCUGACAAUCCAGUGACCGGCCUCAAGCGCAAAGCCAUGAACGACUUGUUUGUCUGUGUUCAGUGUGACCAGGCGUUUACGCACGAAGAUAACACUGAGACGUCGUGUCGUUAUCAUCCAGGGGAACUUGAAGUUGACGACACAGAGGAUUUCUGGGCGGAUCAUGAUGAGGAUUGUCAUGGGGAGAUUGAUACACCUGAGAUGAGAGAGGAGAUGCCUGAUGGAUUCCGGUGGACAUGUUGCGACAAAUUAGGUGGACGAAAAGGUUGUACCAAGGGAAAACAUCAAGCUGAUCCGGCAAAGUCGCAGAGAGGUGGAAAUGUCCCGUCUGGCGGUGACCUGAGGAAGAACAAUGGCGAACAUUUACCUGUUUCAGAUGAGGACACUGAAGAGGAGGAAGAAGGCGACGAGGAACAUUGA